AUGGUGCGAAUACCGCCGCUGGUAGUGUGUGGUCCCUCUGGUGUGGGGAAGGGGACGCUGAUCAAGAAAGUGUUGAACGAAUUCCCUAACCGCUUCCGCUUCUCCAUUAGCUGCACGACUAGGAACAAAAGAGAAAAGGAAACGAAUGGGGUCGACUACUACUUUGUCGAUAAGGACGUCUUCAAGCAAAAGUUAAAGGAAGGACAAUUCCUUGAAUAUGAUAAUUAUGCGAAUAAUUUUUACGGGACCUUAAAAAGCGAAUACGACAUGGCUGUGGGGGAGAACAAAAUCUGCCUGUUCGAAAUGAACAUCAAUGGAGUUAAACAGUUAAAAGAAUCCCAGUACAUAGAGGACGGCAUUUAUAUUUUUGUAAAACCACCCAGCAUUGAAAUCCUUUUGAGCAGACUAAAGAACAGGAAUACCGAAAACCCUGAAGAGAUCAACAAGCGCAUGCAGGAGUUGACGCGUGAAAUGGACGAGGCCGACCGCGUGGGCUUUAACUACUUCAUCGUCAAUGAUGAUCUGGCACGCACGUAUGCGGAGCUCAGGGAAUACUUGCUCGGCUCUUACCCGCAACUGAAGGGGCCUUAA